CGAGUGUCUGGCUCCCGCCCCUCCUCCUUCUUUUCCUCCCUCUCCUUCUAGUUCCCCGGGCCGGCGGAUCCGCGGGCAGGCGCUGCCUGGGCUGGAUGACCUCGGGCCCGCUCCCGGGGAAGUGCCACGGAGGAGCGGCCCAGCGCGCAGAGCCCGGGCACCGGAGAGCCCCCGGGACCUUCCCCCUCCGCGUCGGGGCAGCGCAGAGCUGGCGCACCCGCCGGGUACCAGGCACCGCUGACCGCCCGCGGGCUUCCCCGGGAGCCGCAGCUCCCCACGCCCCCGCGCCCAGCGGCAGGGACGGCGGCGAGAUGGUCGCGCGUGUCCGCCUCCUGCUGCGCGCCCUGCAGCUGCUGCUGUGGGGCAGCCUGGACGCCCGGCUGGCGGAGCGCGGAGGCCAGGAGCGGCACAGGGAGGCAGAGGCAUUCCUGGAGAAGUACGGAUAUCUCGAUGAACAGGCCUCCAGAGCUCCCACAUCCACGCAAUUCAGCAGUGCCAUCAGGGAGUUCCAGUGGGUGUCCCAGCUGCCGGUCAGUGGCGUGCUGGACCCCGCCACCCUGCGCCAGAUGAUGCGGCCCCGAUGUGGGGUUGCGGAUACAGACAGUCAGGUGGCCUGGACUGAGAGGGUCAGUGCCCGGUUUGCUGGACACCGGGGCAAAAUGAGGCGUAAGAAACGCUUCGCAAAGCAAGGCAACAAGUGGUACAAGCAGCACCUCUCCUACCGCCUGGUGAACUGGCCCCAGCACCUGCCCGAGCCGGCCGUUCGGGGGGCCGUGCGCGCCGCCUUCCAACUGUGGAGCAACGUCUCGGCGCUGGAGUUCUGGGAGGCCCCCGCCACAGGCCCGGCUGACAUCCGCCUCACCUUCUUCCAAGGGGACCACAAUGACGGGCUGGGCAAUGCCUUUGAUGGGCCAGGGGGCGCCCUGGCGCACGCCUUCCUGCCGCGCCGCGGCGAAGCGCACUUCGACCGGGACGAGCGCUGGUCCCUGAGCCGCCGGCGCGGGCGCAACCUGUUCGUGGUGCUGGCGCACGAGAUCGGCCACACGCUGGGCCUGAGCCACUCGCCCGCGCCGCGCGCGCUCAUGGCGCCCUACUACAAGAAGCUGGGCCGCGACGCGCUGCUCAGCUGGGACGACGUGCUGGCCGUGCAGAGCCUGUAUGGGAAGCCCCAGGGGGGCUCAGUGGCCAUCCAGCUCCCAGGAAAGCUGUUCACUGACUUUGAGGCCUGGGACCCCCACAGAGCCCAGGGGAGGCGCCCUGAAACCCAGGGUCCUAAAUAUUGCCACUCUUCCUUCGAUGCCAUCACUGUAGACGGGCAGCAGAGACUGUACAUUUUCCAAGGGAGCCACUUCUGGGAGGUGACAGCUGAUGGCAAUGUCUCCGAGCCCCGUCCACUACAGGAAAGGUGGGCCGGGCUGCCCCCAUACAUUGAGGCUGCUGCGGUGUCAUUGGAGGAUGGAGACUUCUACUUCUUCAAAGGGAAUCGAUGCUGGAGGUUCCAGGGCCCCAAGCCAGCGUGGGGGUCGCCACAGCUGUGCCGGGCAGGCGGCCUGCCCCGACACCCCGAUGCUGCCCUCUUCUUCCCUCCCCUGGGCCGCCUCGUCCUCUUCAAGGGUGCCCGCUACUACGUGCUGGCCCGAGGGGGACUGCAGGUGGAGCCCUACUACCCCCGAGGCCUGCAGGACUGGGGCGGGGUCCCUGAGGAGGUCAGCGGCGCCCUGCCCCGGCCCGACGGCUCCAUCAUCUUCUUCCGAGAUGACCGCUACUGGCGCCUGGACCAGGCUAAACUGCAGGCCACCGCCUCGGGGCCCUGGGCCACGGAGCUGCCCUGGAUGGGCUGCUGGCACGCCAACUCGGGGGGCGCUCUGUUCUGAAGGCACCUCCACCUCUUAGUGAACUGUUGGUGGCCCACUCGUGGCCCACUGUGUUCCCUGCCCCAGGGGCAGAAGCUGUCUUGAAAGCUCUGAGCUCCCCUGCAGAAGACGCAGCAGGGAAGUUUGUCUGCAACUGUUCCCUGGAGAACGUGGCCUUGUCUUUCUGCUGUCCCCACCACAUGGAGGUGGGGCCGGGAUCAAUCCAAGGAGAAGCCAAAAAGGUCCCAAGACCCCAUGACCCUCUCCCCUAAGACUCUUUCCUCCUCAAGCCUGGGGCAUUGUUUCUUCUGCUGAAGGUGCAGCUCUGUCUAUGAGGCAGUGGACAACCAGGGAGGACGCAAAACUCAACAGAGAGGUUGGGACCCCUUUGCGAGACUGUCCCCUUCCCCUAGGACCUCCUGGCUCAGUCCUUGGAGAACUGUGUCUUAUUUAAUCAGAGGCCCCACCCCCAGGAAACCUGCAUGGGUUGAGUACAAGGGUCACCAACCUCAGAGGCCCUGCAUGGGGUCAGGACCCAGAGCAAGAGGGAGACGGAUGCAGGCAGGCCUGCUGGGCCUGGACUUUUUGUGGGGGGCUGGAAUAAAGAGGUGCCCCCAGCUGGUGGACCUGGAGGUGCCAAUCAGCCUUCCUUGGACUGGUUUCCAGUGAAAGCAGGGGGCAGGAUGCCCAGGAGGCUGAGACCACACCCCUCCAUCCAAGCCGGGACCAGCGGGCUUUGUGUGUGUAGAGUUGUGAUGAGGCGAGGGGCCUGCCUCUCCCCAAAAAGCAAAAUGUCCUUGCCUCUCCUCACCCCCUAGGCCAGAUAGAGAACCACGUGCGGCUGGGAGAGGACAGGGGCCGCUCUGGAGGUCUGCACUGCUGCAGGCGCUCGGGGGAGGCCCUGUGCUCACAAUGGCCCCAUUCUCCAGGCCACACACGCAGCAUUCCAGGAGCUCCUGCUGACUGGCCAAGAAUAGCUGGGAUUCCUGGAGAAGGAACCAGCUCCCCAGCCUCCCUGUCCUCUGCCUCAGACAGUCCCAGCAUUUUAGCACCUGGUUCUCUAGUCCUUCCUGCUCCACACCAGCCAGUACCUCAUCUGCACACGCAUCGACCUCAGCAAGACCAGGCUUCCAGGGGCAGGGGAGAAUGUUCUGGCACGGUUCAGCCCCCGGCUCCCACGGGCAUUCCUGGCCCUGUGCCUCCAUUUCUUCUCUGCGCGGUGGGGAGAACGGCCUUUGACUGCCCUUGGAUGCGAGCUUUGUACCGCCCCGUCCUGGGGAGGCGGAGGGAGCAGGCUCUCGCCCUGCCCUUUCCCCGCUGGCUUGAACCUUGGGGGAGGGGAAGAAGGUUGGGUCGUCAUCACUCUUACCAGAGCCAGAGCCUUUGACACUUUGUUUAGAGGCUUUAUUGAAUGAUUUGAGAAGAAGAGGUAGGUUUCUCAGAGGGGUGAGGGGACCCAGAGGGUAUUUUCUCUAGGGAUGCCUCUGCUCAUCAGGCCACAAGGACCUGAAAUACCCAAAAAAGA